GGCCGAGGUGCGCGACGCCUGGCACCAGGAGCGCCAGCUGCAGGAGCAGGAGCUGCAGCGGCAGCAGGAGGCGCGCGACUGCGACCUGCGCGAGCUGAGCGGUCAGCACGAGCAGAAACUGGCCUCGGUAACGGCCCAGUGGGAGCACGAGCUGGUGGAGAGCCAGCGGCGCGCCCAUCUGGAGGCGGAGGCGCUGCGCCGCCAGGUGGCCGAGCUGCAGCAGCAGGCGGACGAACUGGGUCGCCGCGAGGAGGAGCUCAAGACCGCUAUGGGCCUCAGCAGCAACACAAAGAUCCAGGUCCUCUCCGCUCGCAUCAAGGAGAAGGAGAAGGACAUCCGUUCGCUGAACGCAGUGAUGGAACUGAAGAAGGAGGAGAUCCUGCAGCUGCGUCGGGAUCAGCUGGAGCUGCAGCGGCUGCGUGAGCAUAACGCCAGACUGGAGGAGCGCUGCACCAAAUACCGCGCCAAGGCUGAGGAUCUGGAGGCGCAACUGAGGCAGCGCGCCAUUGUCGAACGGCAACUGUGUGAAGAAAACUGCCGACUGCAGGAGUGCCAGGACAAGGAGACCAAGGCCAACAAACGGCUCUCGAUGGAGAACGAACAGCUGCAGUACAAGCUGCGCAACCAGUCUGACGUGCAGACGACUCCAGGCUCGCUGAGUCUGUCGUCCAUCAUCCGGUCUGCCGCGGCACGCUCCCCCAGCACCUUUGCGCGCGCCUGCAGCGAGUCGCCGCUCACCUCCAGAGUGAGCCCGCGCUCGCCGCUGCGCUCCGACUCGCUGCGCCGGCGUUCGCGUCGCUCGGACGAGGCGUCGCCGCCGCCGCAGGUGACCGCCGUCGUCGAGAAGUCCGACUCCAUCAGCUGGGUGCUGGACAUGGAGGGCGGCGGCCGCGACUCGUCGGCAGAGCCGGACGACGCGGCCGACAGUCUGUCGUGCGACUCGUCCUCGGGCCACGGGCCGAGUCGCGGCGGCUCCGAGAGCUCCGACUGGGAGGCGGCCGAGCACGAGGCGCACGGCGUGUUCUACCAGCUGAAUGCGCCGCCGGGCGCUGCCUCGGGGCCCGCCUCGCUGCCCGCCGCCCUCAACGGCCACAGCAUGCAGGACAUUCCGGAGACGACCGAAGGAACCGAGAUCUAGCCGCGUGGGCGCCGGCCGAUGCCGCCUCCGGCCCGGUACGCGUCGCUGGCGCCGGGCGCACGCGUCGCCGGCUCGCGGGUGAUAUUUAUUGUCGCAGGUGGCGCUGGUGGGAGGUGACGGCGCUUGGUGGCGCUAGUGUGGCGUUACGCGUGACCGGUGCGGGAGGGUCGGCGCGGUUUACGAGGCCAAAUAUUCGAUGUUGAUCCGUGAUCCCAUUCAGCUUGGCGCGCAAGAAGACGUACAUUCCAGGCUUCGGCUUCUGUUCGUAGUCGCCCGUGAUACGUCUGUACAUACUGAGGUGGCCGCCUCACCAUGCUAGCGUGCGCUGCCGCCCGCGCCGCUGUCUGUUGUCAAGCAUCUCUUGACCCGCUCGCUGGGAGACUGCGCGUUUUGCACGGCUGCUGCGCUGCUGAGAUUCUGACGAGUCUCCCCAGCUGUAGUGGAUUCAGUACAAGUACCUGCGCGUCUCGCGCGUUGUCGGUUUUGUCGAUACCUUGAGUUUGUGUACGUGUUGGCUAUAAGAGCGGUGCGCGGACGUUUCUUUUUGCCAGCUCACUCGAGAUAACCACCGGCGCGCCCCGUUUUGGUCAAGUCUGAGCGCGUGCUGUUGUGUGAUGUGGCCGAGUGGGCCGGCGCCGUCGUGUGGCAACUAUGACGCUAGUCUAGUUACGCUGUUGUGGGUCGCGUUCGCUUCGCUGCGGAUGCUGGACGGAGACGCGUGCUGCCAGCUCUCCAUGGUACAGCUGGUGUGUUAGAGCCUGAUGCGGCGGUCCGGUGUGUUCGGAGCACAAGCGUGUAGCCUGCCGAGCCGGCAGAUUUCACCAGCCGUUUGUGUAUUUGUAAUGAAAUAAAUAUAUGGUCGGAAAA